AUAUCAUGUCCUAAAUUUCAGCGUGACAUCUCUAGUUUGACUGUUGCUUAAUGCAAACUGGCUAAACCAGUCAAUCAGGUGGUCCAAGCACCUGAUGCAGAUGCAUUCUUCCUUCGUCUGCGGUGUGUGGAUAAAUACGAGUGUGAAGCUCAUGGGCAAAUUACUUUAGGUGUAUGAUGGUUUGGUGUAAAUCAAACUGAAGGUCAUGCUUAGUCUUACUUAUUCUUGCUGUGUUUACUCAUCUGGGCAGUUACUAGAAUAAUUAUCACAAAAAAGACUGACAUAAAGCUAAUGUUAUGUUUGCAUAACUGAUAUUAUCAAGAUCUCUUUGAUAUUUGGUAUUUUUUCUCUCUGUACAAGUUAGAAUGACAUUUGACCCACACUCUUAUCUUGUCUUGCCUUGCCUUAUCUUGGUGAUCUGUCAGAGAAGGUUGUGCUUGCAAACACCGCUGUUCUCUCACACACACACACACGCACAUUUUACUGGGCUGUAGCUUCAGGGAGGGAGAGAACUGCACCCAAACGGCUUCUGUGCAUCGAGUUUUACAGUGCUUCAUUCAGGGCAGGUUGAGAAUGAAAACACUUGUGCUGGCGUACGAAAGCAGAGACAGAGACAGCAGGUAGGCUUAUACAGCACACUCAACAGAGUGAGCGAGAGAGGAACGAGACUAGGACAUACACGAGGCAAGCACCAGCUGAGUGUGUGAAAGAGUUAGAGAAAGAGAGAGGGAGAGACUCCUAGGACUCCUAGGACUUGGCUGACCUCACCAACACAUGGCCGGCCGCCCCUCUCUGACCGAGGAGGACUUCUCCUGCCCUGUGUGCUGCGACGUGUUCCGGGACCCGGUGCUGCUGGCCUGCUCGCACAGCAUCUGCCGGCCGUGCGUGCUGCGCUUCUGGGGCCAGCGGCGGGAGCGCGAGUGCCCGGUGUGCCGCUGCGUCUCGGCCAACCCGGAGCCGCCAUCCAACAUCGUGCUGCGGGGCAUGUGCGAGGCCAUCCUGGAGGAGAAGCACCAGCGGGUGGAACAUGCCUUCACCUCCGCCGGCGUCUGCGGCACGCACGGCGCCCCGCUCACGCACUUCUACGAGGACGAGAAGAGGCCCGCGUGCGUCAAGUGCCGAGUCUCCAAGAAGCACAGCGGACACAGAUUUAGGCCCGUCGAGGAGGCUGCCACGGAACACAAGAAAGAACUUAGGAUUAAACUGAAGCCCCUUCAAGACAAACUUAAAAGUUUUGAAGAAUUCAAGCAAAACUUCGAACAAACGGCUGAGUAUAUAAAGAACCAGGCGGAACAAACAGAACAUCUCAUCAAGGAGGAGUUUAAGAAGCUUCACCAGUUCCUACGAGAAGAAGAGGCCUUUCGAUUGGCUGCGCUCAAGGAGGAGGAUGAACAGAACAGCCAGAUGAUGAAGAAGAAAAUAGAUGAACUUGACAGUGAGAUUGCGUCUCUUCUGGACAAAAUCCAAGCCCUCGAGGAAGAGCUUGGGGCUGAAGACCUUUCAUUCCUGCAGAAUUACAAAGCCAUGGUUGAAAGAAUACAGUACUCACCACAGGACCCUGAGCCUGUGUCAGGAGAGUUAUUGAUCAACGUGGCAAAACACCUGGGCAAUCUGAUGUUUGAAGUGUCACAGAAGCUGCAAACCAUGGUGCCAUACAAUCCAGUGGCUCUUGACCCUAACACUGCCCAUGCAGACCUCAUUGUCUCUGCGGAUCUGACCAGCAUGACCUUCAGCGAAGAGAGACAGCUGCUUCCCUGCAACCCUGAGCGAUUCAGCGGCUACACCAGCGUCCUUGGCUCCCUGGGUUUCACCUCUGGGAUGCACGGCUGGGACGUGGAGGUUGGGGACAGCACCGCCUGGGCUGUGGGCGUCAUCGCCGAGUCUGUGUACAGGAAAAAGAACACAAACAAGUUUGGUUUGUGGUAUGUUGGGUUUUACAACGGCAAGUACGGCAAAGGGUACUCUCCCGAGAUCCUCACCCUCCUAAGAGUGAGUCAGAAGAUCCAGAAGAUCAGGGUGCAGCUGGACUGUGACAAGGGCAAAGUGACCUUCACUGAUGCUGGACGCAAUACCUGCCUGUAUGUUUUCAAGCACAACUUCACUGAGACAGUCUACCCGUACUUCUACAGCCACUGCAAGCUGCACCCGCUACGAAUUGUGCCUGUGAGGUCUUUCGUUACAGUGGAGCAAUUUAGCAGUUAGAGGAGGCCCUCUGUUCGAUGCUUGGAGCUUUGACACUGUUUGACACUAGCAGUACACCCACCCCCAAAAACUACUUUUACCCUACUUUUAACCUAAUAUACAGUAUUUAAUAAAUAUAUUAAUAGCUUGAUGAUCUUUUAUGAGUGGGCCAUCCAUGAAAAGGUCAUGGCUCCCCAUGGUCUCCACCACAAUAUCAAGAAUCUGAUUGUGUACAUACAGUACCCACAGCUUCUGUAAAUUAUGUGUACAAGGAUACAAGGAUACAAGGAAGUUUAUUGUCACAUGCAUAUAGUUACUGGAAGUAAGAAAUGCAGUGAAAU